AUGGGCUUUCGCCCAUUCCUCCCUUUCACCAUCGUGGCAGCGAUACUAGCAACAAUAAGCGCCUUUUUUCUGUACUUCCUUGGACUCGCACACCUUUCGGAUGCAUAUCCUGUUAGCGGGGGAUGGAUAGAGAGGACGCUGGUGUACGAUAUCCAAGGGCAUCGGGGAGGGCGCGGCCACACAAUCGAGAACACUAUUCCCAGCUUUGCUUGGGGUCUUAUCAAUGGAGCCACUUCUCUGGAGAUGGACAACGGCAUCACGAAAGAUGGACACGUUGUGGUCUGGCAUGAUGAGAAGAUCGAUCCCACAAAGUGUAUGGACACGCAGCCCGUCACUCCUGGUGAUCCCAUGUUCCCAUAUGUGGAGAAGUACAUCGCACAGCUUACCUUGGCCCAGUUAAAAACUCUGGAUUGCGGUUCGGAACGCCUGUCAGGCUAUCCACUUCAAAUUGCGUACCCAGGAACACGAAUUUCCACUUUGAGAGAAUUGUUCUCGUUCCUUGAAUGUGCUGACCCAGAACACAAAGUUUGGCUCAAUAUCGAGUCCAAAAUUGACGCCCGAUAUCCGAACCUCACCAAGGGCGUCGAUGAUUUCGUCAACAAGCAACACGCGAUCUUUGUUUCGACUCCGUAUUAUAAGAUUCCUGGUGCUAUCACUUUCCAGAGCUUUGAUUGGAGGACUUUGAUUGGCAUGAGAAAGAAGGAUGCAUCGAUUAUCUUGUCUGCUCUCGUUGAUGGUACGACGUACUCUGGACCCAACAACACCGUCUCCCCUUGGUUAGCUGGGAUAAAUCCUAAGGAUUUCCCUGGACCUACGCUUGGUGAGCAACUGGCGCAAGCUGCUCAUUCUAUAGGUGCCCACAUCCUUUCGGCAAGUCAUGCUGUUUCGUUUCUACCUCUGCCCAAUGCUGUGGCGCCCGAUUCAACCACCUCUGACCCAACUUUACCUGGACACGUUGCUUUUACAACGAAGGAAAUGGUGGACGAGGCGCAUAAGCUUGGGAUGCAGGUUAAACCCUGGACAGUGAACGUCCUCAACUCCGUGAAGCAGCUCGUGACCGAAUACAAUGUCGAUGGGAUCAUCACAGAUUACCCUUGGGAGGCGAGACGCUGGGCCAUCUACGAAGCGGGCAUUAGGACGGCAUCUCCAUAUCCCCAGGAAAAGGUGCUGAAAUGCCUGGCAAAGCAUAACCAGGCCGAUGUGACAGCACAUCUCCACGGCCAAUAUUAA